AUGGUGGUGUCUCGGCGAUACGCUCAAGUGUCGAGUGACGACGAAGACGAUGUACCGGCGACGAGGUCUAAGGGGCCGAACUCGAGGAGCCCUGAGGAAAUCGAAGGGAAACGAAGGAAGCGUAAGAAGGUGAAGCUGUACGAAGAUGUUGAAGACGAUGCGGAAGAGAGGGAAGCGGAGAGGAAGAGAAAGAGAAAGGAGAAAAAGGAGGAGGAGGAGGAGGAAGAGGAAAUGCCUCCGGCGGAAGAAGAAGAAGAAGAGGAAGAAGCGGAGAAGCCUGAUGACGCGAAUCCGAUUGGGGAACCGGUUAAGGUUUCGGGUAAAGGCAAAGGGAGGAGAACGCAUUACGAGCAAUUCGAGUACGAUAACAACAGAUAUGAACUGGAGGAUCCGGUGCUGUUGGUUCCUGAGGACAAAAGUCAGAAGCCAUAUGUUGCGAUCAUUAAGGAUAUCACCCAAACGAAAGAUGGAAGCAUGAUGAUUUUGGGGCAGUGGUUCUAUCGUCCUGAAGAAGCAGAGAAGAAGGGUGGUGGAAACUGGCAGUCAAGUGAUACACGAGAACUGUUCUACAGUUUCCACCGUGAUGAAGUGCCGGCUGAAUCUGUGAUGCACAGAUGCGUGGUGUAUUUUGUCCCAGCCCAUAAGCAGCUUCCGAAGCGCCAAAACCACCCUGGGUUUAUCGUGCGGAAGGUGUAUGACACUGUGGAAAAGAAGCUGUGGAAGCUGACUGAUAAGGACUAUGAAGACUCCAAACAACAUGAGAUCGACCUUCUCGUCGAAAAGACCAUGUCGCGUUUGGGGGAUCUUCCUGAUCUUGAACUUGAUGAAGUUCCCGUUGCUGAUCUAGAGAAUCUGAUGAGGUCUAAGAGAUCUUUUCGGAAAGGGAACAUAGCCCCUGUUGAUGUCAGAAAGGAGGAAGACGCCUCUCUGAAAGCUGAGACCCCUGGAAGCGGUGCUGGUAUCUCGCCAGAGAUUUACUCCAUCUUAGAGAAGUUUGGUUCACUGACAGGUGAUGCUCAUCGUGACAAGUGUCUGGGGAAGCUUCUGGAAGCAGUCCAGCACAUAUGCUAUACGGGUGAGAACAAACAAGCUGGUGAUGAAGCAAAGGUGGGCUCAGCUGGAUCUCAUCUUCAACAGGCUGAAAAUGGAUCUCCAUUUAAGGAUGUAACUUUCAUCUGGCCAGAAGCUGCUGUUAAUCCAGUGUGUGCCCUUGAGCAGGCUUCACAUGCUUCUCUCGCAUCGGACUAUCACAAAUACAAUCAGAAGAUGAGGACACUGGUUUUCAAUCUCAAGAACACUGCACUGCUCGCUAGACGUCUGCUGAAUGGCGAGUUAAAGCCUGCAAAGAUUCUGAACAUGUCACCCACUGAGUUAAAGGAGGGUCUAACUGCUGAGGAAACAGAGAAGAAGGAGCCUGAUGAUGCAGAGCAAAUGCAGAUGACUGAUGCAAGAUGCUCGAGAUGCAGUCAAAUCAAAGUUGGCCUGAGGGAUAUCAUCCAAGCCGGACAUGGCGAUCGCUAUCAGCUGGAGUGUAUUGCCUGUGGACAUUCCUGGUACGCGUCAAGGGAUGAGGUAUCAACUCUGACCAUAGACGCAGUGAAACCUGCACAAGGCACAGAGACUGAGGAUGCUGAGAAGAAUCUGACCAGUCCUCGUGAAGCUGAGAAGAAACCAACAGAGGAAGCCGUGAAGACGGCCAAUGACUCAAAUGCUGACAACAAUGCUGAAGCCACCAAGAAAGGUGAGUAA